AUGCGCGCGUUCAGGGCCACUCGAGAUGGCCUGCGAUCUCGAUGCGAUCCGACCCUGAGCACGCGAACCGGCGCAUUCAGAUCGCAAUCCAUCAGAGCGUCUCCAUUCAAUUGGCAAAACACAGUACAGCGGCACCGACCUUGCAAUGACUGCGUCUACAAGCGACUGGUGUUGCAAAGGCGAACUUUCAUCACCGAUGGCCUGCCUGCAUUCCUGGUACCCCCAGUCAUCUUCACGAGUCUUCUCGUUGGGCUGUGGACAUACAAGUGUAUGAUGACGGUCCUAUUCCAAGACCGUAUUAUCUACAUGCCAUACAUGCCGCCAUUUGCACGCUCUGAAAAAAUGAAGGAUUACACUGCUGUCUGCAAGCCCGUUGAGUGGGAGCAUACGCACAUCAAAUCACUGGAUGGCACGAGAAUCGCACUUUGUGUAGGCGAGAUACCAGCGAAUCAAGCUGAGCAAAUCGCACAAGAUCGUAAGAGGAAGCAUGUGAUCAUAUGCUAUUUCCAGGGCAAUGGCAGUUCUCUGCCUCCAAGACUGCCUCUCAUGUCCAACGUGCUCAAGUCCAUCAAAGCACAAGUUUCAGCUUCGUCUGAAGCAGUCAGAUAUACUCUCGUCGCCUUAUCGUACCGUGGCUAUUGGACUUCAUCGGGUCGCGCUUCGCAGAGCGGUAUUGAGCUCGAUGCCCAGGCAAUGCUUCGUUGGAUCAAUGCAACUUAUAGAAGUCCCAACACAGACCUUGAAUUGAUUCUGUGGGGUCAGAGCAUUGGCGCUGGCGUUGCGUCUACCGCAGCUGCAGCUUAUAUCAAGGCCAUUCAGAAGGAUCCGCUCAGCCCAAUUGCUGGCAUCGUCUUGGAGACACCCUUCUCGGGGAUAAAGAGCAUGCUCUUGGCGCUCUAUCCGCAGAAAUGGCUACCUUACCGUUAUCUCUGGCCGUUCUUGUGGAAUCAUUGGGACAGUGAAAUUGCAUUACGAGGAAUUGCAAACACCGGCCACAAGCCGAUGGUACUACUUCUGCCGGCUACAAGAGAUGAGGUGGUGCCGCACUGCGAGGCCGACAAGCUUGAAGCGAUCUGUCGCGAUGCUGGGCUCCCGACUGAGAGAAGAGACAUCAUAGGCGCCCUUCACACUGAAGCCACUACCAGGCGAGAGGGACAAGAUGCCGUAGCAAGAUUCAUCGUGGAAUGUGCAGCGUCGCGCUGA